GAAAGGACAGAGAGGACAGAGCCAGAGAAGGGGAAAGUUCUACGAGAGAGAGAUGCGGGCAAAGAUGCUCUAGUACCAGAGACAAGGACAGAGUCAGAGAAAGGGACAGAUCUGAGAGAAACCGAAAGGGAGACGGGCAGAGACACUCUAGUACCAGAGAGCGAGACGAGGACAAACCGGUAGUCAGAGAAACAAACAGAUCAGAAAGGAACAGAGAUAAAGACGGUGACAGAGACCCAGAGAAGGACUGGGACGGAGGCCGAGAGAGAGACCGGGACAGAUCUAGGAGAGAUGGGGGCAGAUACAGAUCUGAGAGGGACAGAGACCCAGAGAAAGGAAGGGACGGAGGCCGAGAGAAAGACCGGGACAGAUACAGAUCUGAGAGAGACAGAAACCGGGAGAUAGACAAGGAUUUAGACUGGUGGCUGCAAAGGACCAGAGACGGAGACAAACGUUCUAGAGCCAGAGACUGGGACAGCGAGAGCGACUGGAACAGAGAGAGAUCUGAGAGGGAUAGGUAUGGGGAUGAGUCCAGGGAACGCUCCAUUGAGCUCAACUCCUACUCCAUGGACCCUAUAUUCCCUGUUUCUCAUCCUCAUGCCUCUAUGAUGGCUACCUACUCCACCACCCAGUACUCUCAGUAUAUGGCAUACCACAGCAGCCCCUACACCAUUCCGUUCCCUCCAGGGUGGGGUUAUCCCCCUGGUACCAUGCCCCCUGGUACCAUGCCUCCUGGAAUCAUGCCCGCUGGUGCCAUGCUGCCUAGUAACAAGCCCCUCCUAUCUAACACCCCUGGGUAUCCAGCCUACCCCAACUUCCCCCCAUAUUACUCUUAUGGCACCACAGCCUUAAACCAGACAUACGCAUACACCCAGCCUGCCAGGAUUCCAGCAGUCUUAAGUCAGAGAUGCACAUACACCCAACCCGCUAGCAAACGCAAGAAAAAGAAACAGAAGCAUGCCCUAAUGAAAAUGUCCUGUCAGAUGGUGACAAAGAAGUCCCCCGCGGUUUUGACCACUCCAAUAGCGACAAAGAAGUCCCCCUCUGAACCACGGUCCAAGAUUAAAGCAAAGGGGAGAAACAAUAUAUUCUUCACAGGUAUAUUCAUGAAGAGUUAUCACAGUCAUCUAAGGAAGUUUCAGUAUAAUUUGAAACGGCUUGCGAAGAGGAGGAAUAAGGCUCACCAGCGCAAAAGAAAGCGAUUGCUUGCAGAAGCAGCAGGGAAAGUGGCCCCUCACUUCCCUUUUGAACCGGAGCCCAAGAAAGACCAAGAAGGAGGAGCAAUGAUAGAUGGGGAGAAACUACAUGCUGACACUGCUGGAGAAGUGAUCCCUCAGGAAGCUGCAAAUAAUUUGGAGGCACCAUCUGAAACAGGGCCUAAGAAAGAACCAGAAGGUGAGAAACUACAUGUUGACACUGCUGGAGAAGUGAUCCCUCAGAAAGCUGCAAAUAAUUUGGAGGCACCAUCUGAAACAGGGCCUAAGAAAGAACCAGAAGGUGAGAAACUACAUGCUGAUACUGCUGGAGAAGUGAUCCCUCAGGAAGCUGCAAAUAAUUUGGAGGCACCAUCUGAAACAGGGCCUAAGAAAGAACCAGAAGGUGAGAAACUACAUGUUGACACUGCUGGAGAAGUGAUCCCUCAGAAAGCUGCAAAUAAUUUGGAGGCACCAUCUGAAACAGGGCCUAAGAAAGAACCAGAAGGCGAGAAACUACAUGCUGAUGCUGCAGAGAAAGUGGCUCCUCAGGUGACAGCAAUGGACUCUGCGGCCCCCUCUGAAAUGGGCCCCAAGAAAAAAAAGUUGUAUCCAGGUAUCUUCAUGAGGAUUCUAAUGAGACGUCUAAAGAGGCAUCAGGACAAGAUAAAAAGGAAGAAGAAGCAUUUUGCAAAGAGGAGGAAAAAGGCUUUCCAGUACAAAGGGAAGAGACCAAUGGUAGACACUAAGGAAAAAGUGCCUCUUCUAGAGGCUGCAAAGGACUCUGGGAACCCUUCUGAACCAUGGCCCAAGAAAAAGAAAAAAAAGAAAACACUAGAGGAAAAAGGAGGUAUAUACUACCCAGGGAUAUUCAUAAGGGUACACAGAACCUAUUUGACAAGGGGGAAACUGUCAAAGGCAAAAGCAGCUGCUGAAGGCACUGAGGCCAUUUCUGAACCAGCACCCAAGAUUGAAGAGGAGGGAGGAAUGACAGAAGGGGAGGAACUGCUUGCAGACACCAUAGAGAAAGGGGUUCCUCAAGUGGCUACAAAUGACUCUGGGCUUCCCUCUGAACCAGGGCCCAACAAAGAACCAGAAAGAGAGGAAGAAACUAUGUUAGAAGAGGAGAAACUGCUUGCAGAUCAUGUGGCYAAAGUGUCUGUAAAAGGCCCUCAGGUCCUCUUGGAACCAAAGGCUGAGAAAGACCGAGAAGGAGAGAACGGCGCAAUUAUAGAUGGCGAGAAACUGCUAGCAGACCCUGUGGAGAAAGUGGCUAUAACGGGCCCUGGAUUCCUCUCUGAACCAGAGGCUGAGAAGGAGACAAGGGGAGAAACAACCAGUGGCAUGAGAAUUAAUGGAGGAAAAAUAAGCUUGAAGAGUUCAACCUGAAGAUGGGCACGCCUAACAUAGCCUCAAAGGAUGGCUAGCUGUUAUCUUCACUUGGCAUCAUGAGCUCAUCUCCCACUAGAAUAGAACCUGCUGCUGACCCAUCCAGACCCUAUGGACAUCAGUUGGCUUAUAUUCUUACCUAUCAACCAUUUAUAGAUUUGUAAUGAUGCUAACAAAGGAUUUGUUAAAGUUUAAUCUUAUCCUUAAA